AUGGACCUAAACAAAAUGAGCGAUGCUGCCAAGGCCGAUCUUUGUCGAAAAUACUUCAUAAUUGGCCUGUUUGGCCUCCCUUUGGUGUGGCUUACGAACGCAAUCUGGUUCUUUGGUGAAGGUUUCCUUCGACCACAAACUCCUACAAGUAUUAUUAUCCGAAAAUACGUUACUCUAAGUGCUCUUGGAGUAAUUCUGUGGUUUUUCAUGUUAUCCGCUUGGGAGUUUGUCUUCCAGUCCUAUCGAUCACUUGGCGUGGCUUGGGCUGACUAUCUUACCUUCAUUUUCCCCGUUGGAAGAAUUUAG